AUGCAGAUUUAUAACCUCGAAACUGCUCACAUACUGAUAUUCUCAGAAAAAAUGUCUUUAAAACAUCCCUUUACCGUUAUAACAUCAAAUACAGGUAAUAUCAGUAGCUCAAAAAAUGAAGCCAACAUAGAAACAAUUGAAAACGACUCAGAAUUAUCAACAGAAUCAAAACAUAUAACUAAACGUAAAGUGAUCUCUUUAAAAGAUGCCGAUAUUACUCUUGCUUUUAUGGUGGAAAAUGAUACAUUUGUCCGCGAAAUUAGACAAACAGAGGAAAGAAAGUUGAGAAGAAAAGUCGCAUUGAUUAUUGUUUCUUUAACGGCUACUAUUGAUUUCCUUCUUUAUUCAGAUAAAGCUACUUUAUCUUACGCAUCGAUUUUUGAAUUAUGGGAAGACACGCAUUUAACACAAAAUAGGUACAACAAUGCAACUACAUUGUUUUAUGUAGGCUAUAUCGUCGGGUUGACAAACUUACUUUGGGUUCAAAAAUUUCCAAUUCGUAAUGUAAUGAUAUUUAUGUGUACAUCAUGGACUAUUAUCACACUUUUACAUUGUGUCGCAUAUAAUUAUUAUGGCAUUUAUGCGCUAAGAUUCUUCUUAGGAUUCGUUGAGGCGAUUGCAGUACCAACUCUAAAUAUAACAAUGAAUCAAUUUUUGACUCCAAAUGAAAAGAAUGUAUAUGCUCCAAUUUUCUAUAGUAGCUGUAUGGGAUGUGGAAUUUUUCGUUUCUUUGAUUGCAUAUGGAAGUUAUUUAUGAUAAUUAUUGGUGGUAUGACAUUUUUAAUGACAAUGGUAGUUUAUUUUAUUUAUCCAAGUAAUCCAACUGAUGCAAAAUUUCUAAGUAAAGAAGAAAAAGUUUGGGUCAUAAGAAGAGUUCAGAAAAGCUCCAACUCAUCCAUUGAGCAAAAAUAUAGUAAGAAAUAUCAGAUUAUUGAAGCAUUUAGAGAUCCAAUCACAUGGUUAUUUUGUGCAUUUUUCUUAUUCCAACAGUUAGCAAAUAAUUUAACAUAUAUGCAAAAUUUAUUAUUUGAGAAUCGGUCAUACUACAAAUCUAGAUACUACCAUAGUCUCUAUCGCUUCAGGUGGAUUUGCUACUUCCUGUGCGAUAAUUGCUACAGUUUUCUUAUUGUACAAGGAAAAUUUUAA